AUUAUGCUCAACAGAAACAGCUACAUGUGAAACACAGACAAAAAACCCGGGACACUAUUUCAGUAGAGUGAGAAAAUGGAUGACUUCUAAAACACCUCACAAGGACUAUACCCCCACUGAAUGAGAUGGCGUUGUAGGCUCGAGGCACUGUAACAGCCAGAGGAGCUGCCAUGGACGCCCUGGCUGUCAGUGGACUACAGCUCUCCCCAGUGAAACCCUUUGACCAAAUAGUGGAAAUCAGAGCAGAGAAACGUGAGCACCUGCGAGGACGUAACAACGUGACUUCGUGCCGCAGCCCUACGAGAGACUUUGACACAAGACAAAUAAAGAAUGAACUGAAGGAAAAGAGGCAUCUUGAAUUUCUGAGAAGGAGAUCAGUGAGCCCAGAGCUGUGUGGUUUGAAUACUACAAACUAUUCUUCCAGGAGAAAACUUUCACCAAGGACUUUUUCAGUAAAACACCACAGGUCAAUCAGCAAGUCAGAGACAAUGCAUACAAAUAUCCAAUAUACUCCCACAUCUAAUGGGAGACAUCCAAAGGUGACAUUAACACCAAGAGGCAGCAUGGCUGACGGCCCAAGCACCAGCAACUGGGCUUUAUUAUGGUCAGAACAGGUCACAGUAAUGAGGCCGGAGAAAGGUCAUGCAAAGAAGCAAGCAUCUACCUCCGCACCAGCGAUAAAGGAAUCAAACCAGCAGCGGACAAAAAGCAUGGAUAAAAGAGAGAAUAGUAUUAAUGCUCAAAAGACAAGCAUCAAAACAGUCAUCCCAGCAGAAAGGAUUCAACAAAGGUUCUCCGUCCAAACUGAAAGUAUUCCCAAAAAAAAGGUGCUGCAUGAGACCAGUGCGCAGACAGAGUCUGGUUUUGUCAUUGUCAAGGAGUCGGAUCUUCAGCGAUUAACUGACUACUUACAGGAGGCCCUGUGGAGAGAGGAGGCUGUGAAGGAGAAGCUGGCAGCCCUCCAGGAGCACACAUCAAACCUCAUGAACUCCUCAAACAAGAUGUGGAUGGCUCGUUGCAGUGAAGACCUGCUGAGAAACAAGAUCAAGUCUCUGGAGGUGCAGCUGCAAGUCUGCCUGCAGAAGCUGCCCAAGGAUGGAGUGAAGAAACUGGUGAUACAGAUGGAGAAGCAGAAACUGCUGUAUGAGGAGAGGGCCCUGGUCGCCUUGCAGAAGAUCACACAGGAGAAAUCUGAGGCGCUUAGCAAGGCUGAGACAAUGCAGGAAGCGCUAAUUACAGCAAAGGCAGAGGCCCGGAGGUGGCAGAGUCUUUAUGAGGAGCUGAAGCUGAGCUCUGCACAACUAAAGGAGAACCAGCACCUCAGUAAUGAGCAGCUGCAACAGCUGCACAGCCAAGUGGAGCUGUCCAGAGCCAGAGAGGCCGCGCUGAGGGAUGAGGUGGUGUCAUUGAGACAAGAGAGGCAGGAGCUGCAGUACAACAUUUGCCUUCUGGAAGAGGACAACCAGAUUUUAAGGGAGGAAAUCCAGCACAUUACAGAUGGCAGCAAUGAGAGCCAGGACUUCCUGAUGCAGGGGCUUCUGACGUCAGAGGAGGCAGAGCCACGACUGACGGUGAGGAGAGACUCUCAGGUGGAGGAGCAGCUCCGUCACACUCAGGAGAAACUGCAACUCAAAGAGAGAGAGUGUGAGGAGCUGCAGACAGAGCUGCAGGCCAUGGAGCAGGAGUGUAAGUCCAGCCAGGCCCGGCUGUCGCAGUGCAGGGACGAGCUCCGGCAACUCAGUCACCGCCGCAGGAGAUCGACACGAUGUGGCUCCUGGUGGAAGGUGUGUGUGUUUUUCCUUCUUCUUCUCGCUGUGGCAGGGGUUGCCAUGUUGUGGCUGUGGCAUCCUCCUUUCAGGGAGCAAGUUGAAGACCUGUACUCAGACAUAGAGAGACGUAUCGAAGAUUAUCUCAUGGACAUGGCCUCUCCUCAACACUCAGGCUGUUUUAGACCGAUAUGAUGAUGUCACUGCUCAGGAACAUUGUUUUUGUUGUUGUGUUAUUUUUAAAAUAUGACUUUUUUUCUAGGAUGUAGUUAAUAUAGUUUAAUUUCAUGUAAUUUUAGACUUGGAACUCAACGUGUGUGUGUGUUUGUGUGUGUGAAAGUGUUGUGGUGAUGUGUGUAGGGAGUUUGCAGAAAGUUCAGAUACAAGAGACCACUUCCAGAGUGAUAAAUGUUUGCAAAUGAAAAGUACUAUCACAAGUUGGCUGAUAUAAAUGACGUUUUAAGAAACUGUGAGUCAAUGAUAAUAAUAGUCAGGAGAAGAAAAACAGGAAGUAUCCUCUGUACUGUAAACAGCUUAUUUAAUGGGAAGCACCACCAUGAAUUGUUAAAAAGCCAUAUAAAACACAAAAAGACAACACAUUAUUCUCUCAGCUGCCAACUUCAAUAAAAGAAUGUGGGAAGAGAAAAAACUCAAUAAAAGAGCCAUUAGAGUUUUAUAUUGUACGAAAUAAAGAAACAUUGUUAGUAUAACAAAUGUCACUGUUUGUUGAAUUGUUUUGAAAAACAUUUUAGUCUUGAUGAUACCGAUUUGAAAUUGAAUAAAGUCAGUUGUUGGAGUA